ACUUCUCCUCUGCUGCCCAAGCGCUAUGGUGCAGGGAUAGCUGCCGUCUUCAGUCAAACCAAAGCAGGCUCUACAAAGAGAAGGCUGACUCUAGACAGGUGGUAUAUAUACGAUAGUAUAGUAACUGGCCAACUGCUGCUUGUGCUUAUCCUUUUGACUGUUUUUAUUGUUCGUUUUUUGUUGUUGUGCCUUUUGGAUUCUUGUAAAUUUUUAGAACUUGAUUGUCAACAUUUUGAAACCUGCUAAUGUUAAGUUUCUAGGACUGUGUUAAAACUGCUGUACUACCUUCACAGUGCAAAAAGCCAUUUUAAGAUGAGACUUGAGUCUUACGGGAUGGGGGGAGGGAAUGCAUUAAGUGAUUAAAAACUGUGAUAGACUUUUUUUCUUUGCCAUAAUUUGUGUAAAUUAUCUAAUCUGAUCCUUAUGAUAAAAGUUUACAAUUCAGAAUUAAGGGUAGUUAAUGCCAUGGGAUGUUUCUCCCACUACUGGAUUAAGUAGUGUUAAUGCAUGCAGAAUUCAUAUAAAAACUGGGGGUUUUAGAUGCUGAUAUUCUGCCUGUUCGGGAUGGGAAGAAGUAACCAUAGUAAAGCAGUGUUCCAGCCUUUAAGAUGUAUUUGGGACAUGGGUUUUUAUACAUAUAUAAAUGUGCUCAUGGUGGUUGCUCCAGUAUCUGAAAAUUGGGUAUCCAGUAUAAACGAUUAUUGAAAUGUGGUAGUUUUCCAGCAUUGCUGUUUCUAAACUAUUGUAACAAGAAUUCAUUCCUGUGUACACCCAGACCCAGAGCCCGAUGAUCGAGUGCACAGGUAGCAGCCUGUGAACAUGCUGUGUUGUUAGUUUGGCAAUUAUGAAAAGAAACACGAAUCGUCCUUCUUUGGAAUACUGCGGUUCCUACUGUCCGCCUAAGUGUCAUCAUCUUCUUAACAAAAUUGAUUUGUUGUGGCAUUAUAUUUCCUCAAAAGCCAAGUGUCAAGGUGCAAGAUAAACUAAUAGUUUUUGCUCCUACUUUUCCACGGUCACAGUCAUUCUGUUAGGACUGAGAUGUAGGAAAGGUCCUCAUGCCUAUGUAUAUACCUUUUUCAGUUGUUGCAGUGGAAUUCACAAGCAUCUCCUAUUUGCUCUCUGUAAAUACAGUUUUCUGUAAGCACAAUUUACAUGGACUCUCUGGGCUCUGGGGUGGGUGUCCUUGGGGUAGUGAAUCCUUGUAUCCUGGGUACCCACAUGGUCAGUUUUGGACUUCAUUCUGAAUGCUUGUUGCAGAAGUAUACAAAGACCUUUGUUCUGGGCUGAAUUCAGACAUUACCAUCUGAUAUCCUGCCUGAAAGAAAUGUUAUGUUCUUUUUAAAAAGCUUAACCCAAUUGAGCAUUUUAUUUGCCUGACUAAUUUAAAGUACAAAGUACUUGCAUCUGAAUUUACGGUUUUAGAAUUACACUUUUUAAAAAAUGUACUGACUGUGGAAUAUGUGCAAUAUCUUACAGUUUUCUCAUACUGUGAAUAUUCAUUUUAAGCAACCUUGUUGAAAUGGGACAGUUUGGAAAUGAUACUUUCAUAUGCCAAAGAAGAAGAGAUCUGCCUGAAACUGAGCCUUCUUCAGCAUUGAUGAUCCCCAAAGCACAGAUUUCUUCUACAGCUACUUUUUUACAUCAAAAUGGAUUCUGUUCUGGAUGAUGUCUUGCUGAUGGAGAAUUGACAUGUUGCCACGUGAACCGUACUGUGGAUGUGGGCACGAGCCGCGUUGGAUUGCUUUUCCCAGAAGAACUCCUUUGGAAUCUGUGGCUUUGAAUGGCACCCUGAGUCUACAUGUUUCUCCACAUAUGGGAUUGAGCCUAGAUUGCUAUAACUGAGUACUUUUACAGAUUAUAUUGAAUUACAUGAAUGAUAGCCUGCGAACGGAUGUCUUUGUCAGAUUCCAGCCAGAAAGCAUUGCCUGUGCCUGCAUAUACCUUGCAGCGAGGACACUGGAGAUUCCACUUCCCAAUCGUCCUCACUGGUUUCUACUGUUUGGAGCAACAGAGGAGGAAAUUCAAGAGAUUUGUUUAAAGAUUCUGAAGCUCUACACUCAGAAAAAGGUUGACUUACCUUAUCUGGAAAGCAAAGUAGAAAAGAAAAAGCUAGCCCUCGAAGAAGCAAAAGCCCAAGCGAAGGGUCUGAUACCAGACGGAACCCCCAGUUUGGAUACGACAUCAGGAUUUUCUCCUCUUCCUAAAACUGAGUCUCCAAAAGAUGGCAAAGGGAACAAACCUUCACCACUUCCUGUCCAGGCAAUGAAGAAUGCCAAAAGAAAAAUGGAGGGAGCAAAAAGAACAAAUCCUAACAGCCCUGUGAAUGGUAUUCAGAAAGGGGGAGAAAGCAGAAGCCGGAGUGGCAGUCGAGAGCAGAGUUACUCAAGGUCACCCUCGCGAUCAGCAUCCCCUAAGCACAGAAAAAGUGAAAGCUACUCUACAUCCAGCGGUUCCAAAUCUCAUAGCCGCUCCAGGAGUCGCAGCGAUUCUCCCCCAAGACAGUUCAACCAUGGUGCUAGUUACAAAGGCUCCAAGAUGAGGAGUUACAAAAAGUCCAAGGACUACAAAUACUCGGCGCACAAGCCAAGGAAGUCCCGUAGCAGGAGCUCAUCGCGUUCCAGGAGCCGAUCACGGGAGCGCUCCGAUCACUCGGGGAAGUACAAGAAGAAGAGCCACUACUACCGCAAUCACCGGCACGAGCGUUCCCGCUCCUAUGAGCGCACAGGCCAUCGCUAUGACCGGGACCACCCCGGCCACAGCAGGCACAGGAGAUGAGCAGUAAGGGGGUCUCUUUCUUUUGCACUGCAAAAAGAGCUCACCACCCCCCCCCCUUGCCCUACAUUUAGCUCUUGCAGCUUAAGGGUAACCUGGCUCACAAAUCACUGAAUUCCAGUGAGCUUCACUCAUAGCUGCUAACUCUUACUUGUUAGCAUGAAUCCAAAGGAAAGAUAUCAACAGAUCUGUGGUUCUGGAAGAUUUGAUGUGGUAAAUGCCUUGGUGGCUCUUGCUGCUUGGAGCAUCUGGUAACACUGAAGAGUCCUGUUGCAGUGGAUGCUUCUGUGCUUGCUCUUUGGGAAGGGGUGUGUUAACAUACAGUAGUGCAAUGCUAUGUUACUAUACUGUCAGACUCAAAGAAUGGAGAGCAAAAAUUUCCUCACUUGGCAGUGGAGCUGUCUGCUGCUCAGCCUCUCCUAACUGGACGUGAAAGCUCACGUUUCCCGAGAACCAUUGGAGUGGCUUGGUGCUAACAAAGCUCUCUUCGUACUGACUCUAUUAUGUUGUACAAAUAGAAAGUGAUUUUUUUUGUAGAAUUGAUGCCUAUAUUAGGUUCUCCGUGUGUAUAUAUUUUGCAGUGUUGAGCAGUACAAUACGGGAAAAUGGCCUUAUUAGCCCUUACACUUUAUUCACAAUGUAAAUAAGCAUUUGUUUCAUACCAGUGAAGGCUAUAUACUGAAAACUCAAAACUUGAACGCUCAGUUUAAAACUUGUGUAGAAAUUCUGAUAAAUGUGAAAGUAUCUAGCUCCAUGUAUUGAAAGUAGUAUAUUUUUUAUCCGUGCAAUGCUGCGUGCAGGCCACCAGCUCGUAAAUAGAAGUUUCAUAUAUAUACAUUUUAUGUGGUUUGAAUAACUCUAUACUCAGGAUCUUUGACACUCUGAAGAAAAUGGUAGUUUGUCAAUCUGCUUGCUUGUUUAAAAACAGAAGGUGUUUGAAAAAUUGUACACAGCCCAGCAGUAUCCGUUUUAGUGGUAUAUCUGAGCUGGUCUAUCCUCCCAUGCGCUCUAAUUUCAUUAAAGUAUUGGAUUUUGUAUUAAAA